UGAACCAAGACUACUGUACGUUGGGCGUUGUGUACACGUGUCAUGAUGGUACAAAAGCCAAACUGUAAUGGGGUUUUGUACACACCUUAUCUCCACUCGCGAAACGGGCGGCAGUUACUGGUACCACGGAUGACUUGUAUGCAUGAGUGAUGCUGUAGAAAUCAAAUCAGUUUGUCUAUUCACUGUGGCUCACUGUGUCUGUACAAACUACACCGACACAUCGUACGAUCGUACCAGUUUCUUUCAAGACGGCAUCGGUGCAUGCAGCAAGUGAACGUUGACGACAAGUAUAAGAUAACAAGAUCUGAAUUCAAGAUGGGAUUACAGACGUUUGUGCAGUGUCUGGUUCUUCUACAUGCUACGACUCUCAGUGCAUCCUUAUCAUCGUACUCGAUGGACAUGGAUUGGCUUCGUAGUGACGGUACUCGUUCCUUCGGGAGUAAGUUUGACGUAGGCGACACAGUUAUUUGUCAUUGCCAACUCACCAUAUACGAAGGGCCAGCUGUUGAGUCGGUGGCGUUUGAGAUGAAGCAGUACGGUAGCUCAUCUGGUGCUGAUUUGACUCCAAUAACUAGUGGGGAGCAAAUCAUUUACUCUGAUGGGCGGGAAAGAUUUUCGGCCGUGAAUAUCACAACUGUCAAUGAGAACAUCACGGAUUACCGGAUGACUUUGAGUAACAUUGACCGUUAUGACUCGGGCAAUCGCUACUACUGCGCAGCUUACUGGGUGUAUGCUAGUGGUUCCCGCAGUUCAGGCACCGCAUCCACAGAUCUUAAAAUAAACUGGAGCCGCCCCGAACCACAAUGUUCGUCAGACAUCCCUGAUAAAGUCAAGAAAGGCGACGAUGUAACAUAUCAGUGUAAUGUCUCUGAUAUCGACGGAAGAUCCAGCGGUAUAUUUACAAUGUGGAGAGGCGACACUAGGCUGAAUAACGAUUUAAUGAGCGAAUACCUAGACGUUGGAAGGCAGUUUAACGCUUCUUAUUCUACUACCAUCUCAGAUGAUAGUCUGGCAGAUGUGUACUCUUGUCGUUAUAUCGGGACUGGUGGCUUUCAGGACUACGACUAUAACUGUACCUUUAACAUGCCGACGUGCGUUGUUGAUGAUUUGAAUGACCAAUGCCUGCAGUCUAGUGGUGCAUUGCCGUCACGUGAUCACCUCCAAGUUACUACGAUGUUCCUUGUUUUGGUCUUUAAUUAUUACAUCACCUUAAGAUAGAAUGUGUGAUCUUCCCGUCAAGGGAACUCAUUAAGCUCAAGGGUUAGGGUUAUUGGUUUACAGUUAAUUGUUUGACUAAUAUAUUCGUUAAAGACUUAUACCUAUCUUUAAAGCCAUUGGACACUUUCGGUAAACGGUAUUGUCUUAAGGCCCACACUUCGUGUAU